AUGGCCACGAGCGUGGUUCCGGUGCCGGUUCCGGUUCCGGUUCCGAUGCCAAUGGACAUGGAAGUGGAAUUACCGGUGGAAUUGCUGCUGGAGCUGCUGGAGCUGCUGCUGCCGUGGGGUACAAAGGUCAUGGAGAAAACGAUCAAAACCACGGAGGCUACAACCAGAACCAGGGCUACAACCAAAACCAAGGUCAAGGCUACCAAAAUCAAAACCAAAACCAAGGCUACAACCAAGGCUACAAUCAAGGUCACAACCAAAACCAAGGUCAAGGCUACAAUCAGGGCCUCUCAACUCAAGGGCUAUAACCAAGGCCAACAAAGGAGGGCUACCAAAAACUCAAGGUUACGGUGGAAACUAUGGCAACGGUUGAAGGGGUACCUCCAGUGCUGCGGAAUCUGGCCAGCGGGAAUGUAUGCUGCAUUCGAGAUUGGACAAGUCGCAACCACAGAGCGAUUUGCAUAA